UUUUGAUCAUUUUUUCUGGUCACUCCGAACACGUUUUACACCUUUCACGUGUAUAUACAUUUUACACGUUUACUUAUUCAUGGCUCGUUUGCGGAAGUGUUGGAAAUGGUCACAAUGUAGCUAGACUGGAUUAGAUUUAGCUAUUUUUACGAAAUAAAUAAAAGUAUAAAAAAUAUUUACUUUCAUGGCCACACUGAUCCGACUGCAUCACAACAAAAAACGCGCGAAGUCCGGACACAAAAAAACAACAUCCUCGCAGCGACCAGCAUCCUUCAGAGAAACACUUGCAACACCAACACAGUACAAAGAUGCUCUGCGAGGACCAGCCAAUGUCCGUGGAAAACACGCCGAUAAAGGGCUCCGUCAGCCUGAAUUCCUCGGCGUCCUCCAUCUCGAUCGAUGUGAAGCCCCAGAUGCAGAGUUGGGCCCAGGAGGUCCGGGCGGAGUUCGGCCACAGUGAUGAGGCCUCCAGCUCCCUUAAUAGCAGCGCCGCCAGCUGCGGUUCUUUGAUAAAAAAGGAGUCGGUCGAGGUGAAACAGGAGACCGCAGAGGGGGCCACAGACCGUGAGAUGGCGUUCGAGUUCCUGGACGGCGUCAAUGAGGAGAAAUUCGAGCGACUGGUCAAGGAGGAGAAGCUGAAGACGCCGUACAAGCGCCGUCAUUCGCAAACGCCGCCCAGCAACGAAGAGAACAGCCGCUCGAACAGUCCGAACAGUAGCAGCAACUCCUCAGCCAACGGCGAUGCCAUGGCUGCCACCGGCAAGGACGGCAAUACCCGUCAUCGCAACUUUAGGGGCCACAAGGAGGAAAAGCGCGUGCGCCACAAUAGCUACACAUCCUCCACCUCAUCUUCGUCGUCGUACACCGAGGCCGAUCCCGCCGUACUCGCCCGCCGCCAGAAGCAGAUAGACUAUGGCAAGAACACAGCGGCCUACGAGCGCUAUGUGGAGAUGGUGCCAAAGGCGGAGCGCGGGCGCGAGCAUCCGCGCACACCUAACAAAUACGGAAAGUACAGCCGCCGGGCCUUCGAUGGCCUGGUGAAGAUCUGGCGCAAGAGUCUCCAUUUCUACGAUCCACCCACUAAGCCCAGACGUGGCGAGGGAAACAACGACUCCGACUCUGAUUCGGACUAGGAUCUUAUUUUCCGGGGCCGGGCUAAAUGUUAAAAAAGAAAGGGGAUCUAUACCUGCUUACUAAGUAUCUUUCUAAGUACAAAAAUGUAGCUAAACCUAAAAAUUAUGAAUCAAACGCGCAUUUUUAAGUUACAAGAGUCGUGUGCGGAGAGAAUAUUGUUACCACAGAUGUUUCGUUGAAUAAAAAAUGGCGCCCUUACCAGA